GAAUAUUUAUUCGCAUAUCCUAACUCAGUUACCGUACGACCUUAAUGCAGUUAAAAGGAACAAACUUAUUAAAGUAUUUGUAUUAACAGCGCAGUUCUCAUCAGCGCGUAUCACGUACAAGAGAAACGAUUCAGUGAACUUGUUGCUUUCCAAUUUUAGACAGGCAUAUCGCGUAAUCAGUUGCCGCGUCAUUCGAAAAAUGCGGCAGAAAGUGAGCCUGAUUUGUCUUUCCAGUCCGUGACUUUUUCCGCGUUCAAAGUGCAACAACGCAUCGGCAUCGAGCAGCGUGACUAUUGAUGUUGUGAUAAAACCGAUAUAUUAUCUAAUUACGAGAUAGACAAUGGAUACAUUAAUUGUGCACUAUGAUCGUUUUGAAAAGAGGAUAAUGCAAAAUGUCGAACGCAACGGCCUGCGACAUCGGCCUAAAGCAAAUACUGGAUUAUGGCUGGGAACCUUGGUUGGCCUGAGCGCAGCAGUCACGUUGUUGAAGGAGGAAAACAGUUAUUCUGAGAUAUGUCUUUUUGUAGGAACUAUUGGUUUCAGCCUUGUUCUCUGCUCUUUCUGUCUUUACAUACGACUUUCCAUGCAACAUGUCACAGCCAAAGACUUUCAUGCUAUAUACUUUUUACCAGCAAUUGUAACUUCCAUACAUCUACUUGCAGCUAACAGAGGAUUAUUAAUGAGUGUCACAUGGGGCCUAACUGUGGGGAGUUUAGGCACAUGGGGUGUCCUGCAACUAAUGUCAGCUUUUCCAUACUGCUUCACAAUGGGAGAAGCAACAGCGAUUAUGCAUAGUUUUAUUUUGUUUUUGAUGUCGGCUGUUACCAACUUACCCCUGCGAUAUCAUUUGCCUCCGAUUCAUGAUAAUGACAUCAGCACAGCUUUGUUGCAGGUUGGAAUAUUGUAUGUAGUUUCGGUAUGUCUCCUGUGUGGAUAUUUUCCUGUCCUGCAUAGCACAAAAUACUUUUACUUAAUGACAGUCAGCCUCCUGUGUUUUAUAACUCUUCCAAUACUUUAUAUUAUUCUCGAUCAGAAUCCAAUAAUGUGGAUAAUUUCUUUUGCUUUUAGCAGUCACAAGAGGGUUUUGUUAGUGAUAUACUGGGUGAUAUGUGUUUUGCUAAGUAUUUUCAUUAUAAUCUACCAAAUCUUGUCAAAAUCCCAAGCUGCAAGUUCGACCAGAAAAAUUUUUCAUAUCUUGACCAUAUUUAUAUUUAUCCCUGGUAUGAUAUAUGAUACUUCAAUGUUGUAUCUUGCCAGUGGUGUGAUUUUCGCACUAUUUGUCGUUCUCGAGGUAAUUAGAUUGUUGAAAGUACCACCUCUGGGAAAAGCUUUACAAGAUGGAUUCGUUGUAUUCGUCGAUGAAAAGGACUCCUUAAUUUCCUUAACAGCCUUGUAUCUAAUGUGUGGUGUAUCGUUUCCACUUUGGAUGCCGACCAGUAACCUGACAAUGCUGGCAUUAAUGAGCGGCGUAUUAACAGUAGGGGUUGGCGAUACCGCUGCAAGUUUCAUUGGCAGCAAAUUGGGUUCGCACAAGUGGAUGGAUACGGAUAAAACUAUCGAGGGCACCGUCGCAUGUGUGUUUUCUCAAGUUUGCGUAAUACUCGCUCUAGCUUGCUAUGGUUUCAUCGAUAGCUAUUGGCUAUUGCUCCGAAGUAUAUUGGCGGCUGUAGCAAUUUCGUUGAUUGAGGCACGCACGAAUCAGGUCGACAAUUUGGCUCUACCAUUGUUGAUGUACGUGUGUUUAAUGAUAUAAGCGUGUAUAUCACUUUUCUUCCAAGUUCAAUAAUUUAAUGUAGUUUUUAAGGAAAGCGUGGCAAUCAUAUUGCAGUCAUUUUUUCUUUAGUUGAAUUAUGAAUCGCCUUCUGUGUUGGAGGAGAAAAGCGCAAGUAAUUUUUUGUAGAAUUUAAUAUUCUUUAGCACGUUGUUAGAAAGCAUACCGUGAACAUUACAUUUUGACUGAUAUAUACGCAUAUACGCACAAUCAUAUAACAUUCAUCAAGAUACCGUUCUGCGCACAGAGACAAUCGCAAUUGAAUAUUAUGGGUUAAUAGCGCGAGUGAUUUUAGCGAUAUUGUUAAUUUUGGUGUUGGUUGUUAAGUGUCGUGAUUUGGUUGAUUGGCAUUAUAUCCAUAGGAGGAAGGAACAAACGAGAACGUAGUCAUGAUUGUGAUUAAGUUAAGUGUUGAUAAUGUACAAAUGUCCAUACAUACGAAAGUCGAGCGUGUUUUGUAUAUAUAUCGGGGUAACGUGUAACUUAUAUAUUUAUCCAAAGAUUUGGGCCGCACAAUGCGCAGAGAACCGCAUUAUAUUAGAUACUAUCGACCUAAGCAUGAACACGCGAGUCGAUGAAGACGAAUGUUGAAUGUUGCAUUUAAGCUUCACUAACAUAUACUUACUUUUUUUAUAUCUGUGAGACACCGAUUAUGUGCCUGACGUUUCGCCCAUUCCCGACGAAGCAUUCUUCUACGCUAGCUUUGAGAAUUUUCUGAUAAAGUUGUCGAAUAACGAAUAAAGUAUUUUUUUAAUUAUUUAAA